GAGGAAAGGGAGCGUUGGAUCCGGGCAAAGUAUGAGCAGAAGCUGUUCCUUGUGGGUGUCCCCCAGUCGGACGUACCCCUGGGGCAGCAGCUGCUUCGGGCUGUGGUGGAGGACGACCUGAGGCUGGUGGUGCUGCUGCUGGCCCAUGGCACCAAGGAGGAGGUCAACGAGACGUACGGGGACGGGGAUGGACGCACCGCCCUGCACCUGUCCUGCGCCAUGGCCAAUGUGGUCAUCACCCAGCUUCUCAUCUGGGUGAGUAGGUUGGGCUUCGAAAGGGGAUUGUUUUCAACCUUGAUUAAAGGUUAAUUAUCUUCCUGGUUGAAUAAAGGUUGAAUGAUUAUGAAUAAGAUAAGAUGGUUAAAGAGUUAAAUAGAUAGGGAAAAUGUUAUGGUCAGAGACAGGACUGUGUUCUGAGCAUGUGACAUGAUCAGGAAAAACUCUUGGCUGUGGAUGAAAAUGGAUUGCUUUGUGAGAAUGAAAUGAUAUACUGAACUAGCUAGACCACAAUGUCAACUACACCUCUCUCUGUUCCCUCAGUACGGUGUGGAUGUGAAGAGUCGGGACGCGCGCGGCCAGACACCGCUGUCCUGCGCCCAGCGGGCAGGAAGUCAGGAGUGUUCUGACAUCCUGCUCCAGCACGGCUGCCCCAAUGACCCCUGUCAGCAGCCUGACCACACCCAACAUGAGCCGCCGAAACCC